AUGAGGCGCGCGCGCGGGGUUCGUCGAAACAAAAGUUGGUCACACGGUUGGCUCGGGGCCCGUCGUCACUGCUGCUGCGCAUUUUUAAUUAUUUCCCUCCGCCCCCCCGCGGCCAGGCGGUCGCCCAAUGGGCUGACCGCUGAGACACGCAGCUGCUCGAAGCUACAACACACCCGCGAAACUCUCUUUUUGGGGGCUGCUUGCUGCUGUGUCUCUCCCUCUCUCCUUCCGUUCCUUCCCCCCCCUCUCUCCCGUUGCUGCCAUCUUCCCUCUCUCUCUCUCCCCCUCUCGUCAAUGUCGGGCAGACAGACCCCGACAGGCAAUUGUUUGUUGCAGCUCGGGGUGCGGUAUUGA